AUGUCAGCCAAGACCCCCUUCACCCCGGAAAAGACUUUCAGCAAGUACAACCAAGCCCAGGGCGAAGCCUACGCCAAUCUCCGCCCAGAAUACCACCCCAAGAUAUACCAAAUGAUCAUAGAUCACCACACCAAGACUAGCGGUCAUCUUGAUCUCCUCAUCGACAUAGGCUGCGGACCGGGCAUCGCCACCCACGCUCUCGCCCCAAAAUUCUCCCAGGUAAUCGGCCUCGAUCCAUCCGAAGGCAUGAUAGCAACAGCCCGCGCACACAGUGCAGAAAAGCCCGCCACCAAGUUGCGGUUCGAGAUCUCAACCGCCGAAACGUUAGGCUCAGACAUCCUGCCCCCGGUCCAAGAUUCCAGCGUCGACCUCAUCAUCUCGGCGAACGCAGCCCACUGGUUCAAUAUCCCAGCCUUCUGGGCUGCUGCUGCCCGGGUCCUCAAGCCAGGUGGUACCGUCGCCCUCUGGGCCCCGUGUGGCCCAGUUAUUCACCCCUCCACGCCCAAUGCAUCUGCUAUCCAGGCGGCAAUGGAGAAGAUACAGGUGGAGUACCUCGCGCCAUACUAUGAGGCCGGGAACAUCUUAACUCGGAAUCGGUAUACCGACUUUCCGCUUCCGUGGACUCUGGAUGGGCAGAUUACGGCUUUUGAUGAGAAGACUUUCUUUCGGAAAGAGUGGGGUGUUGAUGAGGGGUUUUUCGAUAGAGAGCCUGUGUUGAGCUUGGAUCAGGUGGAGAAGAUGAUGGGGGUCGGAAGUCCCGUUACGCGCUGGCGAGAGGCGAAUCCUGAUGCCGUGGGGACUGAAAGGGAUGUUGUUAGAAUUUGCCGUAGAGCUGUAGAGAAGCUGUUACAUGAGGCCGGGGUAGAGGAAGGGAAGGAGGUCAUUCGAGGCGGCUCAAUGGGGGUGUUGUUGAUGGUUAAGAAGGUGGAGAGCCCCAAGUAG